AUUAUAACAAACUCUUUAUUAUUUACCACCAUUAGUCUGCAAACUGCGAGUUUAGCUUCCAAAUUUAAAGAGUUUCAAUAUUUGUUUCUUUCCUGGAGAUCAGUUUUUGAAAACUUUUGGAUAACUUUAUUUUUCAAUCAAACUCCUGAUUUUGGUCUCUACCCUUAUAUAUUUUAUGAAGUUCCUACACAAUUUUUUAUUAAGUGUUGCAAAAGUGGCUGAAAUGAUGCUAAUGCUUUUUUGUCAUUGUCCAACGUUUUAUUUCUGUUGUAUGUUAGACGACAAAUACUGUUUUCCAAUUUUCGUUUCAUCUUGAAAAUUCGUGAAACAAGGACUGAACUAAGCGUUUUCAAUAUUCUAGAAAGUUUCUUUUUGCUGCUUUUCUUGAAAUACAUUUGGUAGGUUUUGAGUUACUUGUAGCUGCAGAAUGAUUUUUAGCGAAUGAUUCAAUGGGUUGACGAUUUCUGCGAAGCGUUUUUUGACGUUUUGACGUCAAAUAACAUAAACUGUUAUUUCUAGAGAGAACUGCUUCGUUUUUUCUGCAACAAAUAAUAAUUGUAAGCACAUGCUGUGGGUAUUUUUAUAGAGCUUUGAUAGAAGAUUUUCGUAUCAAGUGCGUUAUUUUUGAUGGCAGCAUUUUUCUGCCCUUAUUGUUUUUUGUAUGAGAAAUUUCAGAACAGCGUUGAGCUUGAAUGGCACGUGCUUAAGAAACACGGAGAGCACUCUCUUGUAUCACUGUUAAAAAGUCGGAAUAGGACGCCUGGAUCUAAGACUGCAAACUACAGAAAAGAUCGAAAAACUGCAGAAAAAGAUAACUCUGGGCAGAAGAAAUCUGUGCUUGAUAGAUAUGGCGAACUGAAGGCUGCGGUAGGCAUUAAACCAUUCAUUGAGCGCGGAUCACACAAUAGGAUCAAAGUGACGUUGCCACCAUCUUGUACUGGUAGAGAUAUUGAUGCAAGUGAAAUUGAAAGCCCUAGUAGACAUUCAUUACUGUCAGAAAACUUACAGAUUGAAAAGCUUUCCGUGGGUGAUGGGGAUGUCGCGUUUACGGACUCGAUUUGGUCACACGGAGGAGCAGGAGGUUUGCCGGAUAUAUGUCAUAUAAAAUUUAGUGAUAUUUUUAGAAGAGUGAGGAGAUUUCUGGAGAAAUUUGCGCAUUUUGAAGUAUGCACGACAGAAAUAGCUAAGGAGAUGAAAGAAAAACCUAUCUGGCAAUGUUUAGGAGAGAAAAUGAUAGAAACAAAACAGAUGGUAUUAGAACUCAAAGAAUUGUAUGAGGAUUGGCACGGACUGGAAUGUUACAUGACUUCUAACUGUAAUCUUGAUACAUUACAAGUAAAGAAAAAGUGCAUGUAUUGCAGCAAUGAAGCAACACAACAACCGAAAUCAGACAAGUUGAGGAUCAGGAAAGGAUUUGAAGAAGAAAUCUGUACAAGAGGUAAAGAAAUUCAUUUAAAGAACGAUAAGGCCAUUGGUGAUAAGGGAGCUUUAGAAGAUGAGAAUAUAUGCAUGAGCGGGAAUGAAGUCUGUGUACAGCGACAAGAGGCAUUCGAAGAUGAAUUCCAAAAUAGCAAGUCGCCAUUGAUGGAUUCAGGAAAUACUAAAAGGGAAUUUUGUCUCUUUGGUAAUAGAGGCUUUAUUGGAAACGAGGCGAAUUUACAGAGGAUGGUCAAUGAGCUCGAUGAAGAAAAUUUCUCUUUAAGAAGAGAAGUAUCAAGAAUACGUAAAUGCUUGAAAGAUAAAGAUCAUAGGAGAGAUGCCAAUGUCAUUAAGGACCUUCAUUCGAAACUGCAAGUUGCUCAAGAGGAAAAGCGUUUUUUGGCUGAACAGAACAGCAAACUGUAUGCGGCUAUCUCAGACAAUAGACAGCUGAUUGAAAGCUUACAAAACCAAUGUGAAAGUCUUGCGUUUAUGAAUCAAAAGUAUUUUGAAGACCUUUCUUUGUUAGGUAGUAAAGUUGAUGGUCUGAAAUGGGAAGUUGAAUUUCAAAAGUCCUAUAGUUCUGCAAUUGAAGAAAGAAUUGUGGAUUACGUAAGUUCGAGGAGGAAAGAAGGUCACAAAGCUGAAUUGACGUUUGAUCAGGUUAAAAAGAAUUGCCAAUUCCUUCAGAAGUCUUUGAAUGUAAAGAAUGAGGAUCUUCAGGUGUUCAAGAAUGCACGUUUUACAACGACUAAGAGGAAACAAACUUUUCAAGACGAGUUAAGAUUGUGAGAAGUAUUAAAGAGAUUGUCAGUUAAAGGAAGGAGAUGAAAUCUCAUGAUAUCGUGCUUAAUGUCUUAAAGUAAUUCAUUUUUUAUUGUUGAUCAGAUUAGUUUUGAUACGAAUUAAAAAUCUUUAUUGCACUUUGCCAAAAUUCUGAAGUAUAGUUUGUUGUCUUCACUCUUUAUACGAAGUACAAGAGCGAACCCUUGCAUUGUACAUACGUAGUAAGUCAAGAUUUUCGGUAAAAAAUGCGGAGUCAUGCUUAAGGCAUUUAGUUUUUACAGUGUUUGAACUGAUUUUUCGAAGCGUUUGUUGUAAAAACGGACCUAUGUUUAGAGUGUUGUUAUUUUGUGGAGAGUAACCCAGCCAUUUUAACCUUGGACAGUGUGUCUCAGGGCUGAAAUAUUGGGAAAUAUGAAUAUAGCUGCUUUGCCAAUAUCAGUCAAACUAGAUGAGGUGGUUCACACAUACUCAGAUGCGCUUUGAAAAAUAUUAGUGCAAUACAUAAUAUAAAAUGAAAUAUUUCAGUGUAGAUUAUGUUUCACAGCAUCUGAGCAUAGCAACUGGUAACACCGGGUCUAUUUUUGGGUGGUGCAAUACUUUUUGAACGUAAGUGUAGAAAGCCGUAUAGAGACAGUAUCCCUCCUACCUCCAGGUGCCACACCUUUUGAAAUAGUGUUGAGCUGGGAUCUGCUACCAUCCAAGAUCAGGAUUGGCAAGCCCGCCGAGGGUUUUUUUGGUGCCUGGGGCUAAAAGAAAGCUUGGGCCUUUUAUGACGUCAUUGGUUAUUGUUGUGAUGGCUAUUAUUGUUGUUAUUGUUCGGAUUUUCGUUUUAACUUUGUGGGGCCCCUCACAGCUGGAGCUGGGGCAAUCUUCUACUUCCCCCCUGUCGCUAACCUUGAAGACAGGCUUGAAGUUUCUACGGGUUGUCAUCCAAAAUUGAAGAAAUUGUAAUAAAACAUUUAACAAAAUUAGUCCACAGUGUUCAAAACGGUUUUAGGUAUUUAUUGUAAUGUGGAGUCCUCUAUUCUUUAAUUUUCU